AUGUCGUCGACCGAAGCAUCUUCUCCUUCAUCUUCUCAGGAGCAUAUUUCUCCUAUUUCGACGCCUGCAACCACACCACCAAGGUCCCUUACCAUCGUCUCUCCUACUGCCAUCUCCCUUGCCAUCCAUCACCUGGCAUCUACCCCUGAACGUCCUGCUCCAGGCGCGUUCAAGUUCUUGCCUGAAGGCACGGAGUUGAUCUGGCGUUCAACUACAGAGCCCGGGUCCCCGUGGAAACACCCUGUGCUCGUCCUCCCGAGCGAGGACCUGGAUUCGGAUUUUGUUCGUGUGUUGUUCGCAACCACGACAGACAUCGUCGACCGCUUCAAAGCGAGGAGGUGGGGCUGCAACUAUGUCCUUAUCGAAGGCCAGCAGCACCCCUGGCGCGAAGCGCUUCCCCUUGCUCAGGGGGCCUUCGGAAGAGCCACAAGUAUCGACGUGACCACGGUGUACAAAGUACGCUGGCAGGAUCUCCAGGAGAUCAAUAUCAAGAGCGCAGACGGACUUGCUCCAUGCCUGUCGGCUGAGACUUUGGAGAGAGUCGUGGAGUAUGUCAAGGCCCCAGUGGCUGACAUGUUCACUCCUCUCAGGGGAUCGGAAACCCCAUUCAACACCUCGAUUACACCUGCUGUGCAAGCCUCGCUCGACCCUGUACUGCCUACUCCUGCUCCUGGUACAGACCCGGUCGCCGCCCUGGCUCCUGUAUCCCCUCAAGGUACAGGACCGAAAUACGUGGCGCCUCAUCUCAGGCAGGCUAACGGCCUGAAGAGGAAGCUCUCGCCAACGGCUCCGGUGUUCAAGUUGCACCCAGCACACUGCAACGCAUCUUGGAGAUGA